AUGUUUACAGCAGAUGAUAACCGGCCCCCCAAGACAGUUAUCGGUGACAAAAAGGCCCCUGCCGCGGAUGAUGAUAUAAUUAGUGAGUUUGCGUUCGACGGAGAAGGCUCCGACACAGAUUCUAACAGCGUUAUAAUCGAGGAUGAUGACAUCAUGUCGACUAAAAGGAUAGGGACAGUGACCAGCAGCAAAUUGGAGCUCCCAAAAACUAUCUCCCUAGGAGAACUGAGCGACAUUGAGAAUAGGCUUUGCUAA